AGUCCCGCUUUUAUUUGGUCAGAAAUGUAACCCGUCGUUUUUCAGUCUGUCGUCUGGUUCGUUAGUUAUCGACCUUAAUAAAUAAAACUGUYAUUUAAAUCCAGCAGCAGUGGCUUCAUGUGAAUGUUAUCUGUGAAAUAACUCCAGAGAAUCUUCCCGGACAUAAAUACUGAGUCCUCCAGGUUUCAGCAUUUAGCCUGAYCCGGACAUCAGCGGUGUGACAACAGCCUAAAGCCCUGGUCCUCUGAGUUCAGGAGUGAUGACCACCAUCUCCAAGCUGACCAAGACCUGCGUCCUGCGGCUGACCCCGGACCAUCUGUUCUUCAUCCUGCCGGGAAAAGUGACCAACGGAGGAGUCGGCAUGUGGUGCCAGCUGCUGCAGGCCAACUUCUUCCAGGAGUACCAGAUGGAGGGCGUGACCUCUGAGGUCAGAAGUUAGUGCACCCCUCCUCUGUAGGUCUUCAGAGUGAAUGAAGUUCAGUGUUUUGUCUGAUGACCUCUGACCCCUGACCUCCAUGUAUCCCAUCAGCCCACCCUGUCCAGCGUYGGCAGAGUCGUCACUCACGACGUUCCCGUCGACGUGAUUCCUCGAAGGCUCUGGCAGGAAUUCCAGGAAUCCGGCGUUCCGGACUUUGAUGUGAGCGUCUACCUUCCUCCUCUGAAGACGAUGAAGAGUGUGGUGGACAGGAUGAAGAACCUCUCUAACUUCCUGGUGAUGGAGGCCAACCUGAACGGAGACAUGAACCUGAAGAUCCAGACCGACCUGGUUUCUGUCACCACUCACUUCAAAGACCUGGGGAACCCUGCAUGGGGCGACGUCUCCUCCCAGGACGGAGGCCCGACUCAGAGCAGAGACCCAGAGGUCAUGGCAGAGGUCACGGUGGACAUCAGGAAGCUGCUGCAGUUCCUCAUGGGUCAGCAGGUCAACCCCAGCAAGGCCCUGUGCAACAUUGUCCAUCAGAACGUGGUCCACCUCGUCCUGCUCCAUGAAGACGUUUCUCUGCAGUAUUUCAUCCCUGCUGUUUCCUGAUCUGAUCCUCUGCAGAUGAUCUGGUUCUGGUCGGGUUCAGAGAGCUGGAGCUGCUUUCUCUACCGGACCCAGAGSAGCAGAUUCAGAACCUCCAUCCAGACUUUAUAAAGACUUUACCUGCUGACCUGAGCUSCUGCACUAAUUAUUAAAUGUUUUAUAUUUAUACAGAG